UUCUGCAGCGGCUGUCGAGAGCCGUAAGUGAAGUGUCGCAAAGCAGAAGGAAGGCGGGAGUCCAGACUGCGCGCAUUGGGAAAACCUAGGUAGUAGAGGCAGCUAUGGCUAACGCUCUGUGGGCAGAAGUCUGUGAGAAAUUCGAGGCGGCGCUGGCGCUCUCACGGGUAGAGUUGCAUAAAAACCCAGAGAAGGAACCGUACAAGUCCAAAUACAGCGCCCGAGCGCUGCUGGAAGAGGUAAAGGCGCUGCUCGGCCCCGCGCCUGAGGAUGAGGAUGAGCGGCCUGAGGCCGACGACGGCUUGGGUGCAGAAGACCACACCCUGGCUCUGCCAGCGGAAGUGGUGGAGGCCGAGGGGCCCAUCGCCCGGCGGGCGGUGAGGCUGGCGGUUAUUGAGUUCAACCUCGGGGUGAACCACAUCGACACUGAGGAGCUGUCAGCGGGGGAGGAGCAUCUGGUGAAAUGCCUGAAGCUGCUGCGCAGGUACCGGCUCUCGCACGACUGCGUCUCCCUCUACAUCCAGGCGCAGAAUAAUCUAGGUAUCUUGUGGUCUGAAAGAGAAGAAAUUGAAACUGCACAAGCUUACUUAGAAUCAUCAGAAGCACUAUAUAAUAGGUAUAUGAAAGAGAUUGGAAGUCCUCCUCUUGAUCCUACAGAGCAUUUUCUUCCUGAAGAAGAAAAACUUACUGAGCAAGAGAGAUCAAAAAGAUUUGAGAAGGUUUACACUCAUAACCUAUAUUAUCUGGCUCAAGUCUACCAGCAUAUGGAAAUGUUUGAAAAGGCUGCCCAUUAUUGCCACAGUACACUAAAACGCCAGCUUGAGCACAGUGCCUACCAUCCUUUAGAGUGGGCUAUUAAUGCUGCCACCUUAUCACAAUUUUACAUCAAUAAGCUAUGCUUUAUGGAGGCCAGGCACUGUUUAUCAGCUGCUAAUGUCAUUUUUGGUCAAACAGGAAAGGUGUCAGCUACAGAAGACACUCCUGAAGCUGAAGGAGAUAUACCAGAACUUUAUCAUCAAAGGAAAGGGGAAAUAGCAAGAUGUUGGAUCAAAUACUGUUUGACUCUUAUGCAGAAUGCCCAACUCGCUAUGCAGGACAACAUAGGAGAGCUUGAUCUUGAUAAACAGUCUGAACUUAGAGCUUUAAGGAAAAAAGAACUAGAUGAGGAAGAAAACAUUAGGAAAAAAGCUGUGCAGUUUGGAACUGGUGAACUGUGUGAUGCCAUCUCUGCAAUAGAAGAGAAAGUGAGCUAUUUGAGACCUUUAGAUUUUGAAGAAGCCAGAGAACUUUUCUUGUUGGGUCAGCAUUAUGUCUUUGAGGCAAAAGAGUUCUUUCAGAUUGAUGGUUAUGUCACUGACCAUAUUGAAGUUGUCCAAGACCACAGUGCUCUAUUUAAGGUGCUUGCAUUCUUUGAAACUGACAUGGAGAGACGGUGCAAGAUGCAUAAACGCAGAAUAGCCAUGCUAGAGCCCCUAAUUGUAGACCUGAAUCCGCAGUAUUACCUGUUGGUCAAUAGACAGAUUCAGUUUGAAAUUGCACACGCAUACUAUGAUAUGAUGGAUUUGAAGGUUGCCAUUGCUGACAAGCUAAGGGAUCCCGAUUCACACAUCAUUAAAAAAAUAAAUAAUCUUAAUAAGUCAGCAUUGAAAUACUACCAGCUUUUCUUAGACUCCCUGAGAGAUCCAAAUAAAGUGUUUCCUGAGCAUAUAGGGGAGGAUGUUCUCCGUCCUGCCAUGUUAGCUAAGUUUCGAGUUGCCCGUCUCUAUGGCAAAAUAAUUACUGCAGAUCCCAAGAAAGAAUUAGAAAAUUUGGCAACCUCAUUGGAACAUUACAAAUUUAUUGUCGAUUACUGUGAAAAGCACCCUGAAGCUGCCCAGGAAAUAGAAGUUGAACUAGAACUUAGUAAAGAGAUGGUUAGUCUUCUCCCAACAAAAAUGGAGAGAUUCAGAACCAAGAUGGCCCUGACUUAAUCUUUGUUUUGAAAGAAUGAAAAUGUACAAUAUGGAAAUGAUUUUUUUUUCUUAGUCAAACAGGUCCUGUUCCACUGUAAUAUUUACCUGUAUAGCUAGAGGAUUGCAGUUUGAGCUUGAGACACAGUCAGAUAAACUGAGUCUUUCCUAGGAUUUUAAUCAACAUAAUGUUAAUAAUUGAUACCUAAUUAUGUAAAUUGCCUUGUAAAUGUGAAACAUGAUUUGUAGUUUGGAUUGCUUGUUUCCUAUUUCAGCUUUUCUUGCCUCAGUUUCUAAAUGUAGAUUCUUUGUUGGCUAGUACUUGAUAGAUUCCUAACAAAGAAAAAUGCUGGGUAAUGUACCUUGUAGACAAGACUGUUACUAUAUUAAAAUUGAAAAAAUAACUUCAUAUAGUUAUUCUUUCUAAAUAUUUGCUUUCCUAAAUUCCUAAAGAAAUCUUUCCCUUUUGAGAAUAGUAAAAACUAAGUUAUUUUGUUGUAUUGUGUUAUAAAUGGGGGGAAAAGGCCUUGCUGGAAGUACAAUAAAUUGACUCGUCUCACUAAUAAAAACUUCCAUUUCCCCUUUUUGUCUUACAAGAAUUGGUUUGUUUUUUGUUUUUUUUUUUUUUUUUGAGACAACCUCAAGCUGUCGCCCUGGGUGGAGUGCUGUGGCAUCACAGCUCACAGCAACUUCCAACUCCUGGGCUCAAGAGAUUCUCCUGCCUUUGCCUCCCAAGUAGUUGGGAUUACAGGCACCCACCACAACGCCAGGCUAUUUAUUGUUGUUGUUGUUGUUGUUGUUGCAGCCAUCAUUGUUUGGUGGGCCCGGGCUGGAUUUGAACCCGCCAGCUCAGGUGUAUGUGUCUGGUGCCUUAGCUGCUUGAGCCACAGGCGCUGAGCCAAGAAUUGGUUUUAUUUUUGAUGUUCCAAAAGUAUUAGGUACUUAAAGUCAGAGAAGAAUAUUUCUUCAAUAAUAUUGCACAGUUAGAAAACGUUAAAAUAAUUCACUUAAUAAAAGUAUUUAUUGAGCUAUGAUUAAAUGCCAGAAAAUCUUAUUGUCUGCAUUUUCUCAUCAGAGAAUCCUGGUAUAUUUAUAAACAUUUAAGCCCUGCUGAAAAAGGAUAUGUACAUCAGGAUUAAAUAUUGUUAAAUGUGUUAGUCAAAAAAAGAAAUGCAGAAUUAAAAUAGAAUCCUUAUCCAGUGUGUAAUCAAUAUAAUCAAGAUCAGUUCUAAAACUUAAUAUCGAGAAUAAAUUGUGUGUUGGCUUGCCUAUUAAUUUGCUUCUGAAAGCUUAGGAACACAACUCUAAGAUUCUGUUUUAUACACACACAGUGCCAAAAACAUAUACAUAUAUACACAUUUUAAGAAAGGAAGAAACUGUAUUAAAAUUGUAAUACUCAAGGACAGGGCACGGUGGCUCACACCUGUAAUCCUAACACUUGGGAGGCCAAGGCAGGUGGAUUGUGUGAGCUUAUAGGUUCAAGAACAGCCUGAGCCAGAGUGAGACCUCGUCUCUAAAAAUAGCCGGGUGUUGUGGUGGGCACAGCUACAGUCCCAGCUACUUGAGAGGCUGAGGCAAGAGAAUCGCUUGAGCUCAGGAGUUUGAGAUUGCUGUGAGGUAUGAUGCCACAGCACUCUACCAAGGGUGACAGUGAGACUG